AUGACUCAUUAUGAGGCACUAUAUGGCAGGAGAUUUAGGUCACCUAUUUGUUGGGAUGAUGUGGGAGAACACAAAUUCUUAAGGCCAGAGAUUGUGCAGUUGACAGUGGAUAAAGUUCGUCUAAUCAGAGAUCGUCCGCGAACAGUUCAGAGCAAGCAGAAAAGUUAUGCAGAUAAUAGUAGAAGAAGCUUGGAGUUUCAACUCAGCCCUCGGUUUAUUGGUCCGUUUGAGAUCUUGGAACGCAUUGGUGAGGUGGCAUAUCGGCUUGCAUUAUCACAUUCACUGUCUCGGGUUCAUGAUGUGUUCCAUGUUUCUAUACUGAAGAAGUUCAUUCCGAAUCCUAACCAUAUGAUACAAUUCUUUGACUUUGAGCUUAACAAUGAUUUGACGUAUAAGGGGCGACCUAUAAAGAUCGUGGAUUUGAAGGAGCAAAUUCUGAGAAGGCGGGUCAUUCCUUAUGCCAAGGUUCAGUGGAGCAAUCACACAGAGCAUGAAGCUACUUGGGAAUUGGAGUCAGAGAUGCGAGAGAAAUACUCGUACCUAUUCUGA